GGGAGGUCAUGGAGGGCUACCGGGCCCAGCACAGCCAGCACCACACGCCGUGCAAGGGAGGUAUUCGUUACAGCACUGAUGUGAGUGUAGAUGAAGUAAAAGCUUUGGCUUCUCUGAUGACUACAAGUGUGCGGUAGUUGAUGCACCCAGUGGGGGGUGCUAAAGCUGGUGUUAAGAUUUAUCCCAAGAGCUAUACAGAUAAUGAACUGGAAAAGAUCAUAAGGAGGUUCACCAUGGAGCUAGCAAAGAAGGGUUUUAUUGGUCCUGGCAAUGAUGUGCCUGCCUCGGAUAUGAGCACAGGGGAGCGGGAGAUGUCCUGGAUUGCUGACACCUAUGCCAGCACCAUGGGGCACUAUGACAUUAAUGCACAUGCCUGUGUUACUGGUAAACCUAUCAGUCAAGGAGGUAUCCAUGGACGAAUCUCAGCUAUUGGCCGUGGUAUUUUCCAUGGGAUUGAAAAUUUCAUCAAUGAAGCUUCUUACAUGAGCAUCUUAGGAAUGACACCAGGGUUUGGAGAUAAAAUAUUUGUUGUUCAGGGAUUUGGUAAUGUGGGCUUGCACUCUAUGAGAUAUUUACAUCAUUUUGGUGCUAAAUGUGUUGGCGUUGGUGAAUCUGAGGGGAGCAUAUGGAAUCCAGAUGGUACUGACCCAAAGGAACGAGAAGACUUCAAAUUGCAGCAUGGAUCCAUUAUGGGCUUCCCCAAGGCAAAGCCCUAUGAAGGAAGCAUCCUGGAAGCUGACUGUGACACACUCAUCCCUGCCGCCAGUGAGAAGCAGUUGACCAAGUCCAAUGCACCCAGGGUGAAAGCCAAGAUCCUUGCUGAAGGUGCCAAUGGGCCAACAACUCCAGAAGCUGAUAAGAUCUUCCUGGAGAGGAACAUUAUGGUUAUUUUGGAUCUCUACUUGAAUGCAGGAGGAGUGACAGUGUCUUACUUUGAGUGGUUGAAGAAUCUAAAUCAUGUCAGCUAUGGUCGUUUGACCUUCAAAUAUGAAAGGGAUUCUAAUUACCACUUGCUCAUGUCUGUUCAAGAGAGUUUAGAAAGAAAAUUUGGAAAGCAUGGUGGAACUAUCCCCAUUGUACCCACAGCAGAGUUCCAAGACAGCAUAUCGGGUGCCUCUGAGAAAGAUAUUGUGCACUCUGGCUUGGUGUGCACAACGGAACGUUCCACCAGGCAAAUUAUGCGCACAGCCAUGAAGUAUAACCUGGGGUUGGACCUGAGAACAGCUGCCUAUGUCAAUGCCAUUGAGAAAGUCUUCAAAGUGUACAGUGAGGCUGGUGUGACCUUCACAUAGGUGGAUAAUGCCUGACUUCCUCACUAUCCUCUUCACCUGUAACUUCUGCAGACCUAUCACAAGUUUACAUGUAACCACAAAAAUCCCUUUCUCUCAUGACUCAUUAGAUAAUAGACACCAUUCUCAAAAAGUCAAACCAAAUCAGUCCCUUAAGAAAAAAGAAAUUAACAUUAGGGGAUCAUGUACAGUCCGAGGAGUGUGAAAAUGUAGGUCACAUACAGAGAGCCAUUUUAGGUAUUUUUCCAUUAAAUAAAAGUUCUCACUCUGGCUCUUCCCAGCAGUCAGUGCUACUGCCAGGGAAGGCGCAGUCAAGAGCAGUCAGUUACUUGCUUCUUUUGCUCUGAAAAAGUCUGGGAUGUGCUGUAACUUUAACACAUUUAAGAAGUAGGUAUGUGACCAUUUCAGAAGGUGGCAUGGUCCUCAAGUGAGUUAUUGGUAUUUUACAUCAGCAAAAUAACUCAAUUGUACAGACUGCAAACAGAAAGAAAAGCUGUUUCUGUUUAUGCAUUUUAUUCUUUUAGAAUAAGUACAUGCUGCUGUAAUAAAAUUGCCUUUAAUU